AUGUCUGGUCCCAGGGAAGCAGGGUCCCUGCUAGAGCAGCCUGGGAGUGACCUGGGUGUUCCCACAGCCUACUGGAAUGCCACCCGGGCCUUCAUGAUCCUGUCUGCUCUGUGCGCCACCUCGGGCAUCGUCAUGGGCAUCCUGGCCUUUGCGCAGCAGUCCGCCUUCACCCGCCUGUCGAGGCCCUUCUCCGCAGGCAUCAUGUUUUUUGCCUCCAGUGAGUGGGCCCGCCUGGCCUUGGCCAUUUACACGGGAGUCACGGUCAGCUUCCUAGGCCGCCGCUUCGGGGACUGGCGCUUUUCCUGGUCUUACAUCCUGGGCUGGGUAGCCCUGCUCAUGACCUUCUUCGCAGGGAUUUUCUACAUGUGUGCCUACCGCAUGCACGAGUGCCGGCGCCUGUCCACGCCCCGCUGAGCCCAACGUCAGCCCAGUUACAGUGAGGUCACUGGAGAGGAGGAGGGUCUGGAGGCCUGAAAUCCUGGUUCCUGGGGGGAUGUGGGGCUCAGUCCCAGACUCUGGGAAGGGGCCUCUGACUCCUGUGUCCUGAGGGGAAGGAAGAAGAACAGGGCCUGGCGGCGGGGAGCGGAGGUGACCCAAUCCCCAACCUGCUGGGCCGUUGUUAGAGAAGCAGUAUCCUUUAGAGUGACAUUUUGGGGUCUAAUAAAACUGACGUGAAACUAC